GUGAGGGUCAGAUGUUCGAGUCUCAAUAUCUCAAGGCAGGAAAAUUCAUUAGGAUCGAAUUUUUUCCCAUCGUACUACUAUGACCAUGGGCUACCAGUGUGGCAAGUUUCAAGUCAAAAUUCGAAAGCCGGAUUUUGCGCGAAAUCCAAGCUCUAUAGACAAAAACUGACUAAAAAUUCAAUAUCUCAGCAACAAAGCACCAUGGGAAUGAACCAACUUAGGGUAUUGCACUACUCACUGAGGUCUACAAGAUACAAGUAGUCCGAGUUCAAAAGCGAUUUAUAACCUCAAGAGGUUCCAUCGUCAGCUAUAGGGCUAGUUGUCUUCUGAUUAAAAAUCUCACUUUUUUUCUUAAAAAAGGGUAUUAAAAUUAGAAAGGGAGCUUCAAGACGUCUCUUUUCGUAGUCUCUAAUUCCAAAGAUAGAUAUAAACGUUCUAAGUGCGGCAGUAUAUUCCGAUCAUUUCUACAAGCCUUUUGAGAUAAAUUUAUUUCUCUAACUCUCAUCUGUCAUGUAUGAAAAUUUAAAUUUAAUGCAUAAUAACAUUCUAGUAUAAAUAUUUGGCAUAAACAGAAAUUAACGAAUAUAAAUCAAGUUUAUUAUGUACCUCUUUUUAGGGUUUUGUAAUUUCAAUUAUGUUUACACGAAACCUUAUUUAGAAAGACAGUAUUGAUAUGAUUAAUGAAUUUUAUGGAUACUUUUUAAGAAAAAAAAUUGAUAAAUAAACUCAAAAAGUUUUGUAUUUAUUAAAAAAACAAUUCGAGUAAGAGAUGUGGAAUCGAUUUAGUAAAACAAGCUGCAUUUGACAAUUUAAAGAUAUAACAAAAGUAAGUUCAACUACGAAUAAACUGAGAUGAUAAUCGCCCUAUGGGUUUGUUCCAUAACUUUCGAAAUCCUUCCAGCUUUCUUAAUGUUAAAACUAAAUUCUGUGUAAAUAUUCUCAAAAAUAUACUUUAGGCAUCUUCACUAAAUAUGAUACAAAAUAGCAAUUUCGUCAUUAAAAAGUGAUCGUAAUAGUAGUAAUUAGUUUUCUUGUUCGAAACAAACAGCAAAGAGCAGAGACUGAAACGGAUCUUAUUAACCUACGAAUUGAAUCGAGUUCGGGUCAAAUCAACCAUUAUAAGUUGGAAUAGGUCAAGUGGAGUCAAAAAAAUUAUUUUUCGUAUUAAAAUCGAGUUCCAGAAGUUAGAAUAGAUAUUGCACUUCACGGAGAAAAGCUAUAUGAUGGUUUUUUUGCUGAUAUUUUUUCAUGGUAGAAAUUGGGUUUACUUUGAAAUGUUUUUCUUGUUGAGUUUUCGAAAGAAUGUGACUUACUUUACGAUUUUAAUGCAUAAUGUGGAUUUCAAUAACUAUAUUAAAGAGGCACAAUACUAUUAGGGUGAGUCAUCUUGAUUCAAUAAAACGGUUUUCUUAUUUGAGAUGUUCGCAAUAAUAUGGAUCAGUCAGUUGUUUUACAUUAGCCGUUUAUUGUCGAUUGUUGAAUUUUAAGCGUUCGCCUAUUAUGCGUCCUUUUUUGGAGGAAAAAUUGGUGAUUUAUUUAUGAUAGUAUCAACACUUCUUGACUAGCUUUCGUGUUCGUCACUGCUUUUAAUAAUGCGUGCAAUUUUUGAAUCUUCUAUUCAUCUCAUUUUAAUGGCGGAUCGGUGACUUAUCGACCGCUAAACACGUCAGCAACCGGAAGUACAGUGUCAAUCUUAAUUAAGCAAACGUAUAUAUGGACUUAUCCAACUAUACUUUGCGAUAAUUCUAUAAUAGCAGCUCAAACAAUGAUGAAUUUUGCUUCGUUUGCCAGUGCUGGCUAUGUAUUAAGUUGUUUAACAAAUUGUGGUGCAACAUCCUCUGGUUAUACAUCCAUAUCGGUCUACUCUUCCUGUACAGAUUUUAGUAUACCACUACAAUUUACAAUUGGACAGCGUUCGGACAUUGUUAAACUCAAAUCGACUGAUCAAUUUACUAUCGCAUUUCAAGGUAGUGCCUGGUAUACGUUAGCUUUAUCAAGUAGUUCGCCAUUCGACUGGAGCAUAGCUUGUACAAUUAAUAUGCUUGUACGUCCAGAUGGAACGUUAAAUACAUCACCAGAGGUUGUAAUGGUAUCUCCAAUCAAUAUUGCACUGGGAGUUUUUUAUUAUCUAACGAUACCAGUAUAUGAUAGUGAUGGUGAUGAUGUACGAUGUCGUUUUGCUACCCACAAUGGCACACUUAAUGAAUGCGCUAGCAUUUGUGCUCCAGCUUCUGUACCUAGCGGAACAAUAUUAUACCCAAACUGCACAUUGAAGAUUAAAGGAACCUCUCUCUAUGAUUAUUACGCAAUUGCAAUACAGGUUGAAGAUUUUUGGAAUACUACCACAACAAUCCCAUUUAGUUCUGUACCAGUACAAUUUUUAGUCUAUGUUCUCACACAACCAUCAUGUCCGCUGCCAAUAGUGUAUAGUACAAACAACACUGAUUCAUGCACAGCUGUUCAAGCUGGUACGCCACUUAGUAUUCAAUUAUUUGCUCAAAGUUAUUGUGGCACAAAUAUUACUGAUAUUGGUACGGUAUCAUUUCCAAUUGUAUUAAAAAGUUCUUUGACCCAAUAUAAUUCAACUGUAUGGACUGUAACAAUAACAUACACACCAACGACUUCUCAAAUUGGAAUACAAAGACUUUCACAACUACUGCAACUACAACAUCAACUACAAGUACCACAUCGGCAACUACAACGUCAACUACAAGUACCACAUCGACAACUAAAACAACAAGCACAACUUCGACCACAACUACUGCAACUACAACAUCAACUACAAGUACCACAUCGGCAACUACAACGUCAACUACAAGUACCACAUCGACAACUAAAACAACAAGCACAACUUCGACGUUAG